CCUGGCAGAAUGAUGUGCUCGAUCCCAGUGCUUCUCCUGUUCCAAAUCCUUACGAUUUCACCCAGUCGAGCUUAUCGAUUUGGUCUCGGGAUGUUUGACAUUACAGGCCCUGCGGCAGAGGUCAAUAUGAUGGGCUAUGCAAGGCCGGGACAAAACACCCAAGGUAUACACACUCGGCUUUUUAGCCGAGCAUUUAUUAUCCAAGAGGACGGGCCAUCACCCGUCACGGUGUUAUUUAUCAACUUGGAUGUCGGAAUGAUAUCACAACUCCUCAAAACACAGGUUGUCAUGGAGCUUCAAAAGCGAUACGAUGGCAUUUUCAAUCAUUCCAACGUCCUCCUUUCUGCCACGCACACACAUUCUGGUCCUGGCGGUUAUUUUCAAUACUUUCUUUACUCGGUCACCUCACUUGGGUUUGUGAAACAAAAUUUUGAUGCCAUGGUUACUGGGAUCAUUAAGAGUGUUGAGAUUGCGAAAUCGAACAUGAUGAACGGAAAGAUCUACGUCGCCAAAGGCGAUGUUCUAAAUGCCAGCAUCAAUCGAAGUCCGGCCUCCUACGAACUCAACCCUGCAGAAGAGAGGAAAAGAUACCAGUCGAAUGUGGAUACAGAAAUGGUCUUACUGAAGUUUGUCAAUUCUUCUGGCCAUCCGGUUGGGAUGUUAAACUGGUUCGCAGUACAUGCGACCAGCAUGAACAUGACAAACACGCUGAUCAGUUCAGACAACAAGGGUUUAGCAGCCUUAAUGUUUGAGGAGCGAUUGAACGGACACAGAAACGUUGGACAGGGUCCAUUCGUCGGUGCUUUCGCUCAAGCCAACGAAGGCGAUGUAUCACCAAACCUUCGGGGGCCAAAAUGUAUCGACACGGGUAGACCGUGUGAUUAUGUUCACGGAAGUUGCAAUGGCCGCACACAAAAAUGUAUCGCCUUUGGUCCAGGCCAGGACAUGUUUGAAAGCACCAAGAUAAUUGCACAAAGGCAAUACGAAAAAGCUUGGGAACUUUUCGAAGCUGCCAAGGAGGAAAUAUCGGGUUCCAUAUCUUUCACUCACCAAUUUGUAGACAUGACAAAAAUGAAAGUACAAUAUGGAGGUUACAAUAAAUCGACUUGCAAACCGGCGAUGGGAUAUAGCUUUGCUGCUGGAACCAUGGACGGUCCAGGGGACUUCGAUUUUGUUCAAGGAACUAAGGCAACCAGUUUGUUCUGGAAUAUCAUCAGAGAUUUGAUAAAAAGGCCGAGCAAAGAACUAAAACAGUGUCACGCACCGAAACCAAUUCUUCUGGCCACUGGUGAGCUGACCCGCCCAUUGGAAUGGCAGCCAGCUAUUGUGGAAACUCAAGUACUGCGCAUUGGAACGUUCUUGAUUGUUGCAUUGCCCGGAGAGUUUACAACAAUGUCUGGACGACGCAUUCGAAACGCGGUAACCCAGGUGGUACAUCGGGAAACCGGUUAUUGGCCGAGAUUUAAAGGUCCUUCCGAAUUUCACGUCGUACUGGCUGGACUGUCUAACGUGUACACGAGUUACGUGGCAACUCCCGAAGAAUAUGAGCUGCAGAGGUACGAAGGCGCUUCCACAAUCUACGGACCUUUGACCCUUCCAGCUUAUGUGGAACAGUUUCAACAUCUCACAACAGCCUUGAUGAAGGGAACACAAUUACCUCCAGGACCCACACCUCCUUACCUCAAAGAUCAUCUUUUUAGCGGUUUACCGCCGGUGUUGUUUGACGCCGCUCCUUUCGGAUUCAAAUUUGGAGACGUUAUUGUCCCACCAAAAAGCAUUUACACCCAAGAGGACAAAGAAGUGACUGUUCGAUUCAUCGGCGCUAACCCUCGAAACGACGUACGGCAAAAUGGUACGUUCCUUACAGUGGACAAAUAUGAUGAACGAACAGAAACUUGGAACACUGAAUUCACCGAUGCAAACUGGGAAACAAAGUUUAUUUGGAGUCGGCUGGGAAGGUUCGGCUGGCUGUUGGGUCACAGUGAAGUGGAGAUCAGGUGGCGUCUGAAAAGUUGGAAGGAACAUUGCUCUCCAGGGAUGUACCGAAUUCAGUAUUACGGAGCCGCCAAAUAUCUCACAUCCCGACACCUUCAUUAUUUCACGGGGACCACGGGUCCAUUCCAAGUAACAUGCUGAUGACUGCUCAUUUUUUGUUAACUUUAUCCGACGAACCGAUUCCAUUAGCACUUUGAUUUUGUGAUUCCAAACCAUGAUUAUUCCGUUCCGUCAACUAGUUUCCUCAGUUACUUUCGAUAUUUCCUGGUUUUUGUAUUGUCUUGCCAUUUUCGAUUUUAUCAGCUGCUCCUUUUCAAAAUAUACCUCUCCUAAGACGUAUUAGUGAAUGUUUAUCGAAUGAACGAUUUUCAUACCAUUCUUCUUUCGAUAUGCAUAAAGCUCAUGAGUUUAU